AUGAACAUCGUUGCCUUGAGCAAACGUUUACUCCCUCGUCGAUUCUCCGAUCGUCGUUCUCUCCACAGAAUAAACGAUGCCUUCGUGGAAACUGUUUUCUCCGGUCGGAAACCGAUCCUCGGAUUUUCCGGCAGAUCCUUUCACCACCUGCGUAAGGCUGGGAGUUUCGUAGUCCCUCGUGUCUUCUUCGUGUCGUCACGGUUGCGAAAUCUAUCGACGAAUGCGUCUUCUUCGAAGCAACCUGCGUUUCUACGAUGGUAUUUGAGAAAGCUGGAGUCGCAUCCUUUCAUAACCAAGAGCAUCACUACUUCCCUCAUUUAUAUGGCCGCCGAUCUCACUUCUCAGAUGAUCACGAUGCAGCCAUCUGAAUCUUUUGACCUGAUAAGAACAGCAAGAAUGGCUAGCUUUGGUCUGAUAUUCCUCGGGCCAUCACAGCAUCUAUGGUUCAGUUAUCUCUCUAGAAUAUUGCCAAAGCGCGACGUGUUGACGACCUUUAAGAAGAUAAUGAUGGGACAGGUUCUGUUCGGACCUUGUAGCAACACUGUCUUCUAUUCCUAUAACGCUGCAUUACAAGGUGAGAAUUCUGAUGAAAUCUUGGCGAGAUUGAAGCGAGAUCUUUUGCCAACGUUGAAGAAUGGGCUUAUGUAUUGGCCGGUUUGUGAUUUUGUUACAUUCAAGUAUGUGCCUGUUCAUCUACAGCCAUUGAUGAAUAGCUCGUGUGCGUAUAUAUGGACGAUAUAUUUGACUUACAUGGCGAACCAGACGAAAGCUGACAGCUGA